UCGUUGUCUAAUUGCAAUUCAUCAUUCAGUUCACUGAGAAGCAAGCAUAAUGGCAUUCAAAUUCCUCGCUUUCGCUGCCUUCGUAGCUGUUGCCCAGGCUAGUGUGAGCCAUGUUUCUCCAGUUCUUGCUGUUAGCUCCCACAAUUCCGUCUCAAGUUACUCCACUGUCCAGCAACAUAACCCAGCUAUUCACGCCUACGCUGCCCCAGCUAUUCACGCGUAUGCUGCCCCAGCUGUCCACGCCUAUGCUGCCCCUGCUGUCCAUGCCUACGCUGCUCCUAUCGCUAAGGCCGUCAUUGCUGAGCCAUCUGCCCCAGCCAACUACGAUUUCGGGUACGGAGUAAACGACCCCUACACUGGAGACAGCAAAAGCCAGCACGAAUCCCGUCGUGGUGAUGUUGUCCAGGGAAGUUACUCCCUCAUUGAAUCCGAUGGUACCAAACGUACUGUGGACUACUCCGCUGAUGCCCACAAUGGAUUCAACGCCGUUGUCCACAAAGAACCUGCCGCAGUUGCAGUGAAAGCCGUAGCUCCUGUUGCAGUGAAAACUGUCGCCCCAGUUGUAGCUAAAGUAGCUGCACCUCUUGCUUUUGCUGCUCCAAUUGCUCACUCUUACGCUGCCCCAUCUCUUGUUCAUGGGGCCGUCGCUCAUGGUUAUGCUGCCCCAGCUUUUGCUCACGGUUAUGCCGCCCCAGCUUUUGCCCAUGGAUAUGUUGCUCCAGCUAUUGCUCAUGGGUCAGUUGUGUCACAUAACGUUUGGUGAUUCAAAGUAUCAUAUCGGCUUAGAACUUUGUAAAUAAUAUAUUUAUAUGGGACAAAAUAUAAAAAAAUUCAUGAUGA